AUGUUUGGAAUCUAUGAGGCAGUACUCCAUGGAGAUUUACCGGACACGGACAGCUUUUCAAAGCUAAAUCCUUACAUGUUCAUUUCAUCAUCGCUUGGGCCAUUGGUACUACAACGACGGAGGCAAAGUGACAUAAUUUGUCAAAAUCACUAUGGACAAAAACCAUCUGGCCUCUUUGUUGUCGACAUCCAUUCCGUAAGGCAAACUGGAACAAGGAAAAUCCAGCCAAAACAUAACCGUCUAUCUUUCUCGCUCUUGGGAAGUGCGAUAAUGUCAUCCAAGCUUCCAAUUACCACCGACGGAUCCACAGAUUCACAAUACUCAGUUACAGUCGCUACAAAAUCACUAACAGACACCUCUUAUUCCGGUUUAUUAACGCCACUCAAAUUUUUGAAGUACUCGAUGAUAUCUUCCCUGCUAUCAACGAAGAGGAAUUCAGAUUGGGCACAUACUCAGAAUUGGAAUCUCUCGCUGACACCAAUUUCUAACUUCUUGAGGGGUAACAGUACGUCUGACGCUGUAGAAUGGCCAAGCAUCUGCAUUCCGCCAAGUUUUCCACAACACGGAACACAAGUGUAG